AUGAAAGAUAAACCUCGUUUAGGGUUACAAGAAUUAGUCAAUUGGACAAUAACAAAAUUGACUAUGGAUGAUAAAUUGACUAAACAGGCAAGUACAUUUAAUUGGCAACCAAUUGUAUCAAAUAUUUCGACAGUAUCACCAUCAUUCUACCGAAGUACAUUUACGAUCAAUAUGUCACAACCUUUGCAUUCAUUUCUUUGUACAGAUAGUUGGGGACAUGGUUUUAUAAUGAUUAAUUCAUUUAAUCUCGGUCGUUUUAGUGAAAAAGGUCCGCAACGUACAAUGUAUGUACCAGCACAUAUUUUGAAACAAGGUCUCAAUGAAGUUUUGGUUUUUGAAAGUGAUCGACAACAAACAUCAUUCGAUAUUCGAGAAAGAAAUAUGACAUUUAUGGAUCAUCAACUUUGA